UCACUACUCUUUCCUUACACAACCUAAAGUUUGUUAUGGAUUUUGAGAGUACAAGUCUAUUUGAGGUAAACUUGACCAAAAAUCAUAUUGUCAAAGCUUUUAAUCCCUCAUUGCCAAAUCCUAAUGUCCUAAAACUAUCCAAUCUAGACUUACUCUCUGGUCGAUUUCCUGUAACAUACUUCUAUUUCUACUGCAACUCACUUGCCAAUGAGCAUACUAGUCAACCGGUAAUUGAGGGCCUCAAGAAAUCCCUUGCCAUUACCCUUGAGCACUAUUAUCCCUUUGCCGGUCGAAUUGUCCAGAACACCGAUACUAACGAGCCCCAAAUCAUAUGUGACAAUUCGGGUGCUCUUAUUGUGGAAGCUAAUGCCAAUAUCCCUAUGAAAAUGUUGGACUUCUACAAUCUCAACAAGUCUCUUGAAGGAAGGCUAGUUUCUAUCACUCCCGGCUUCCCUUUGCAAAUCCAAGUAACAUACUAUACUUGUGGAGGCAUUUCACUUACAUUCACCUUUGACCAUGCCCUAGGGGAUGCAACUGCCUUCGGUAAGUUUCUCGUCUCAUGGUCCGAAAUAGCUCGAAAUAAGCCUGUUUCUUUCAAACCAAAUCAUCAAAGAAACCUCUUAAUUGCGCGCACCCCUCCUAUUUAUGACCCUUCCUUAGACCAAACCUUUGUCAAGUGCACCAUUGAAGAGAUUAUGAACAUUCCAACACCAAAAAUCUUGCUUAAGCGCCUCUAUUUUAUCGACGCAUCAAGCGUGGAUCGGUUACAAAGUCUUGCUAGUGUCAAUGGCAAAAGGAGGACAAAAAUUGAGGCAUUCUCUGCCUAUGUAUGGAAAAUUAUGGUCAAAGCCAUUGAGAAGAACCAAGCUACGAGCAAGAUGGGUUGGUUAGUGGAUGGACGUACUAGAAUGUGUAAGGAUCAAAUUUCCAUGUCCAAUUACAUAGGAAAUGUGUUGUCUCUAGCUUUUGGAGAGGCAAAAGUUGAUGAUUUGAAGCAAAGUUCCAUAUCAGAUAUUGCAAAUAAAGUUCAUGAUGCAAUUUCAAAGGUGACAAAUGAGGCCCAUUUCCUGGAUUUGAUUGAUUGGAUCGAGUGUCACAGGCCUGGGCUUAUGUUGUCAAAAAUUGUGUUGGGCCAAGGUGGGCCAGCCCUGGUUUUGUCCUCGGGAAGAAGGUUUCCAGUUGCUGAAUUGGACUUUGGAUUUGGGGGCCCAGUGCUCGGAACAGUGUGUUCAACUAUUGAAAGAAUUGGAGUUGCUUAUAUGAACCAAAGGCCCAGUGCAAGUGGGAAUGGCUCAUGGACUGUGUCUGCCAUCUUAUGGCCCGAAUUUGCAUCAGCUUUGGAAUCAGAUUCAAUAUUUCAGCCCAUGACUGCAAGCCAUCUUCAAUUGAUCUAAUUAUUCUGGCUUUUUUUCUUCUUCUUUUUUAUUUUUAUUUUUAAUUUUUAUUUUUGUAUUAAGGUGCUUUGAUGAUGAAUUACAAAAGACUGAAAAGAGGGAAAUUAGGGAUGUCUUGUAUUUAUGUUCAUUAAAGAAAAAAGAAAGGGUAUACUAC